UAUAUAUGUAGUGAGUACUUGACAGUGACUCGAGUCAGACGCAGACUUGAAGUGCAGUGUUUCGUGACAAAAAUAAAUAGAAAAAAUGAAAAUCGUUGUCACCGUGAUUCUAUGCCUAUUGGGUCACGCACGAUCGUGGGGUCGAGGUGACUUGGAGAAAUAUGGACCGUUUCAAUUGGCUUUACAUUCAAAAUUAAUUAAAUGUGAACACGAUAGAACACUGAAUCUUGAUGUUAGCGGCAUUGACGUAUACUUUUAUGAUUUCACCAGGAACGAUGUCGAAACAUUUACUAUUGAUAACGCUGCAAAGGGAAUACUUUCGCUAAACGAACUGGAUAAAACCAGAAAGUUCCUGAUCUUCGUCGGUGGAUUCAAGUCAAACAUUAACAAGAAAACAGAGGAACGUGUCAGGGAUUCAUUUAGAAAUUACCCUAACAGCUACUUAAUUAUUCUUGACCAUUCUCCGUACACUAACGACAAACAAGGACACAUUAAAAGUUACGAAAGAUCCGUCAAAUACGUUCACUAUAUUGGUAAAGCGUUGGCCCAAAUGUUGACAGGUUUGAAGGAAGGUGGGAUUUCUUCUAAGAAUAUACACUGUAUUGGCCAUAGUUUGGGCGCUCAAAUUUUGGGCCAAGCAGGUGAAAUCUUUUACAAUAACACUGGUACCAAAAUAUCUAGAAUUACUGCUUUGGAUCCAGCUGGACCCUGUUUUUCCAAUAGCUUGAUACAGGAGCAAGUAAGGUCCGGUGUAGCGGAUUAUGUUGAAGUAUAUCAUUGUAACUCUGGGGGGUUGGGCACGACUAGUAUUCUGGGAGAUAUAGACUUCAUUGUAAACAAGAAAGGUUCAACUCAGCCGAAUUGUAAAACACCAUUGAUACCAGGUAUUUUUGACUCUUCAAAAGCUGCAAAGUGUAACCAUAGAGCAUGCAUUGAUAUUUACACGGCAACCGUAAGUAAUCCAAAUUGGUUUUUGGCGUGGAAGUGUGAUACAUACAAAUCUUUUAGAAAAGGAUAUUGUUCUACCAAUGAUAACACCAUCGCAGGCUUCUGGAAUCCCGGUAACGCGACUGGUGUUUAUUAUGUUUCAACUGAUGGCUAUGAUCUUAAAUAAAAAGGAAUGUAUUUAUUAUUAAAAUUAAUAUUUAUUAAAAGACCCUUUUGAUUUCAUAUACAUCACAUAU